CAUACGCAGUCGCCAUUUAAUUUUGAAUGCAUCCAUCUGUGAAUGACGUAAAGUUCUGUGCAGGUGAAGUCCAUCAAAUCCAUAAAAUUUCUUCGCAGUCUGUAUAGAAAGCGUUAUAUCCUCUGAAAUGAGCAAGCCAAUGAAUCGAUUGAUCAGCGUCGGUUUGAGGAAAUGGUGCUAUAAUGUCACCGGAUUUAAUCAAAUGGGUUUAAUGAAGGAUGAUUUAUAUAAUGAUGCAUUAGAUCCUAUAGUAAAAGAAGCAAUUAGACGCCUUCCUCAAAAACUUUUAGAUGAACGCAACUUCCGUAUAGUAAGAGCUUUGCAUUUGAGUGCUUGUCACAGGGUCUUGCCCAAAGAACAAUGGACUAAGUUUGAAGAGGAUGUACCCUAUCUUACACCAUAUCUCGAUGAAGUUGAAAAAGAGCUUGACGAGAAAAAGAAAUGGGAAGAGUUAUAAAGUGUAACUUAACGUAUAUUACUACAGUAAUGUGACACUCUCUCCAUUCUUUAAUGUACACUUUGUGAAGUAGAGCUGGUUUGUAUAUAUUAAGAUGAAAUAGAGAUUAAAUAAAUUAAA